GUACCAGACUGCUCUGCAAGCAGCUGAAAGGAGGAAAGAUUUCCUCCAUCACACACUCUUUACAGCGUACACACACAGUGAGAGAAGAAUACAAACGCUUUAGGAGUAUGGACCUGAGUCUGCGAGAUGCUCUGGGCGGAGGUGGGGCCCCAGCUGAGGCCUUGUUGAAGAGAGAUUUUGUGGCUUCACUGGAAAAGGAGAGCUACGAUGACAAGGUGGGAGAGACAGUUUCUAAGACCGACUAUAGACCCUUGGUGGAUGGAAAAGACACCAAGAGCGGUCCUGGAUUGAUGUCAUCUAUGAUGUCCUCUGUCGGACGCCAGGACCCCCCAGGACAGCCCGCCUUCAGCUCUGACUACCUGUCUGGUCCUAUGAUGGGUGGGAUGACAGGUCAAUGGAGCCUGAACAAAGCAAAGGACAGCAGCAUGCCUGAUUCAUUUCUAGGAUUCUCUCAGUCUGGGAUGGGUGGUCCCAUGGGGUCCAGCCUGCCACCAUUCCAGACCACUAUGACUUCUAGUCUCGGCCACACUGGUAUGAGUCAGACUGUGGACCCCCAGAAGAGCUCCGGCCUGUUUGGUGUAGAGAACAAAACCACAGCUAACAUCAGUGGAAGCAAUGGUUUUAAAACCAGCAAUCCGUUUUCAUCUGGUGGCCCCGGGAUCCACUCCAUGGAUCACUCUGCAGCUCCCGUCCUCUCUCCCAGUGGCUCAAUGGAAGACAGCAGUCCCACAUCCUCCAACUCUGAACCCCUCAGCCCAGAGAGAGUGGGGACAGGGGGAGAGACUGGCAAGCAGCGACGGUGGAAGAAGAAGAGGAAGGGCAGCGAUGAGGUCUACAACUUCUUGGAUAAGCAGGAGAAUAAAACUGGCCGAUCAGACCAGCAAAGGAUGCAGGAUGAAAACAGGGUGGCAGAAGAGGACGGAGAUGAGGAGGAGAACUGGGAGCGGGAAAUCAGAGAGAGUGGAGGAGGGGGUAGGGUAAAAGGCAGGAAGAAUAAGGCUCGGGCAAGACUUCCAGAGGAGUGGGGCGCACCUCAGCAACCUGUCUCUCCCACACCAGCUACUGUUGCCCCGAAGUUUGCUCUUGAUACUGCCCCUGAACAAGUACCGCCAAGUUCCACUAACUGUUCCCAUGUUAGUCUUGUAAAAGAUCCAUCUCCACGUGCCUAUGAACCCAUGUGUGUAGUAGAUUACCCUCUGUCUGAUAAAGAUGGGCUAAAGGCAAAUGAAGAAAAGGUUUUAACCAGUAAGCCUGAAGCUGACAGUAGUUUCACCACUAAUAUUGCCACUAAAAGUGAGGAUGUUAGUGGAAGUCUUGCACUAUUGACAGGGGACAAUCUGAGUCCAGUCUCCCAGACUUUCUCUUUUCUCGAUUCAGUCCUCCAGACUCCUCCAGGCUCUGCCCCUGACUCGCAGACCACUACCCCUAUCACCAACACCCCCUCUAUUGCCACUGCUUCUCUAACUAAGUCCAUUCCAAUGGAAACUGCCAUCCCUGCUUCACAAGCUCCCUCUGUUUUCAACCCUGCAAAAAGUACUCCAGACCCACCUACUGCUUUUACUCCUUCCACCAACCCUCCAUGCCCGGCCCCUGCAACAGCUGCAUCAACCCUCAAUGUCAAUGCUAAGCCUUUUGUUCCCUUAGGCACACUUAUGUCCUCCACUGCUACUUUGGCUAUUAGUACAGCAACAGCAACUUUACCAGGUACUCCUGCACCUAUAUUCACAACCACCUCAGCCAGCCCUAUUUGUUCCUCCUCAGCUCCCUCUAAAACUGAAGCCACCUCCUCCUCAUCAUCAAACACUCUCCAAAAAGGUGUAGGCAUGUCACUUAGUUCACCCAACCCUUCUUCCGCCAUCACCCAAGCGGCCCCUUCCUUCUUCCUUGCACACUCAGAGCACCCGGAGUCCUCGUCGACACAGCUUCCCCUUCUGGAAGUGAAAUCUGACAACAAGGACAAGCAGGAGAAGACAGACAUAUCCAGCAAGACGAACAAGAUCGACAACUUGGACAAGAAGGAAGAGCAGCUGAAGAAGGAAAACAACACUGACAAGAAUCAGAAGCCAGAGAUGAUCCUGAAAAAUGAAGAAAAGAUGGAGAAGUUGAAUGACAAGGCUAACGAGAAGCCAGAGAAGGUGGACAAGCCAGAGAAGACCAACAAGGAUGAAAAGAAGGAGGAGGAGAAGAAACCAGCUGAGAAGAAGGAAGAGAAGGGAGGGAAAAGCACAGUCAAGUCUCCCACAGGCAACAGCAGUAAAACUGUACCAAGCGCUGAAAGCAAGACAAAGCUUGAUGCGGGCCCAACCAAACAAAACUCAGCCAAAUCACGUCCAUCCACCCUCUCCACCAAUGAUGCGGCCAACUCGGCCAAACGUCCCUCCCCCACUGCCGCCAAUAAAAAAAGUCCUCUGGCUAAGGCGACCACACCCACCGCUGCAAAACGUCAGCCAGGCUCAGCAAAGGCUGCCAAGACUCCAGAAAAUGGAGCCGCGGAGAAACGCCCACCUGUACCUAAAGCCACGCCCGCUCCUCAUCAGGCUCCCAGUAAGAACGGCACCCCUGUAGCGGCUGCAAAUAAAACCGCAGCUAACAAAAAUGACAAGACUGAAAACAAAACAGGAGAGACUAAGAAACCCAAAACUACAGCACGUCCUCGCCCAGCAUCCACAGCCACUCCGGCUACCCCGUCUGCCUCCACCAACGGUGAAGGUGCCUCCACCCAUCGCCGCCGCGUCAUCACUAAACCCCCCGUGCCCAAGCAGACCCCUAUGGAGAAGAAGCCAGCGGCUCCUCGCCCUCCCCGAACCCCCCGACCCAUCAACGCUCCGACGCCAGACCUAAAGAAUGUACGCUCCAAGAUUGGGUCCAUCGACAACAUCAAGUACCAGCCAGGACGCGGGAAGGUCUCCUCCACCCCGAACAACAAGACAUCUGACCCCUCCACCCCUGCUGCCAAGGCUAGAGUUCAGAUAGUGCACAAAAAGCUGGACUUCAGCCACAUCACCUCCCGCUGUGGCUCCAAGGACAAUAUCAAACAUGUCCCUGGAGGUGGCAAUGUGCAGAUCUUGAGUAAGAAGGUUGACGUAAGCAAGGUGACCUCAAAAUGUGGCUCCAAGGACAACAUAAAACACAAGCCAGGUGGUGGGGACGUGAAGAUCGAGUCCCACAAGGUCAAUGUGAAGGCCAAGUCUAAGAUCGGAUCCCUGGACAAUGUGGGGCCAGGCAGCGAACAGACAAAUGGACACAAGGAGGAAAAAACAGGAGAGAAGUUAUCUCCACCUGCAAGUGGCACUCCACAACAAACAACAGCACCAGCAGGCGUUGCUAAGGAGAAUAGCAUGAAGGAGCCCACACCUUCUCCUUUUGGGGGAGACGGACUAAAGGAGCCCCUUAGCAUAGACAAACGCAUCACUGGGACAAACUGAGUCCCUGUGAGCACCAGAUAGUGGUGGGGCAUGCAUGGCGCUCACUGACCUGCCAAUCAACUGACCAACAAAAUUACCACGCCGCAGUCACAUCCCUCCGGCCUUGUCCUUCAGCUCAUCCACUGCAGCAUUGAACCAACCGAUUGCCUCUCAGUGUUUCUCUGAGGUCCACCUGCCAGCGUCCUUUUACCACCCCUGAUCUUCGACCUCUUAAAGCACCCGAGCUGACAUUUUGUCCUGUUAGCUACAAAGAAGACCACUUGGUGUUUGUCUACAAGUCUUUGUGGGGUUCCACCAGCUUAUUAUCUUGUAACUACAGAUAUAGUUAACUUUACACAUGUUCACACAAUCUAACAACCCAAACACAGAAAACACUCUUCAGCAAAGUCAUCUAAUUCAAAUAUUGUUCAACCUAUGAGUCUAACUACUGGUGAAGCACUUUUCUCCGGUCUUGUUGAAAGACCUUCACAUUCCAAAAUUCCCUCAAUGUUCCAACGUGUCAGUAAAACUGUACCUCACUUCCAGUUCACUCCAACAGAUAUCACAGAUAUCUGAUGGAUAUCAAGUCAUUCUUAUUGCUUUUCAACAGCUCAUUAGAGUUUAUUUAAUUACAAUCAAUGUAAUAUUGCUGAUCCAGUUUAUUCAGUAAAAAAACAAUAACCUGAUACUUGAUUGGUAGAGGUGGUUGCAAUGAACACCACAGAGUUAUACUAAACUUUAACCGCUAAAAAUGUUUUGAAAAAAGAAUGUAAUGAAGUGCAAAAGCUUGUUUAGUCUGUUUUUGUUAGAUGUAGGCAACAAAUUAGGAUUAAAAAAAAGCACCAAGAAAUCUGACCAGAAUUGACCUUUUUUUCAGCUAGAUUGGCCAAGAUGAGCUGGAAACUCUCAAACCUGAUCUUAUUCGUGAACGUAUAAUAUUUCACAACUUUCUUCAGUGUCGAUGUUACCAAGAGAAGAAGACUUAAAGUUAGCUAUUUUCAGUAUCAGUGUGGUGUUUAACACUCAAGUCAGAGGAAGCACAGGAAUGUGGGAAGCUUUUUAAAGGGAAACAGUAUUUUCUAUGCCGAGACGUGUCUGCGUUCAUUCAGGUAGCGAGAGAGUAACACUUUUCAAGCACAUAACAGUAAGGCUGAACAUAUUUCAGCACAGUUGCUGUGUUUUGUCCUUUUAAACUUACAACCUCUGUCUUUCAGUUCAAAACUUUAGAAAAUGUGAUUACCCCUUUGAAGUCUGCAAACAUGAAGGAAUAGUGGCACACUGUUCUUAUUAAAGCACUUUUUGCAGACAGUAUCUAUUAUCUGGUUGCACAAAAUAUCCUGGCUAAAUGGAUGACGUAUAUUAGAAAAAGCAGAAGAUCAAAAGCUUUUCUAGUGACUUCCCCUAGCGUGCAUUAACCCUAAAUACUCAAAAUUUAAAAUAUUUGUUGUUGUGCCAGGAUCUACAUGGAUCUCAGUGUUAAAACUCUCAUAAUAAUGCCUAUGAAUCUGCAGCACCUUUGUAUUUAAAAGGUUCUUUACUGUAUGAAAAAGCUGAAUGUUUAAUUUAGUUUGUUAUAGUUCUUAAGGUCCAGGCAGAAGCCCAUUCUAGCACUCCAGACUGAUUACAGCAUUGCAAGGAAAAUGUAGUACAGAUUACUCUCGUCACCUCUGUUCAACACAUUCUGCCUUUCUGCACUUAAAGUUAACCUCUUAUAGUCUAUCACCCCUUCCUACACGCACCCCCUGUGAGGGACGUCAGCUGUUGAAACAACGGUUUGCUUAAAGUUCCUUGCAUUGUCAUCAUUGCAUAUUUUUCACACUGGCUUCCCAUGUUGCAGCGUCUCUGCAUCUCUUUCCUCUUCCUGUGUCUUUCUCCAGCUUUCUGACAGCAAUACAGUAAUAAUAUAACUGAAGGCUUGGUGUCACGUGCAUUUACAUCACAUAAAGACAGCGAGAGGACAGGGAACCAAGGAAGCAAACAGAAGUUCAGAGAUAGAAGGGAGUUAUCCAGAAAAGGAAGUUACCACUCCAAGGGAUCGAUAUUGCAUUCAUGUUUAAAACUUUGUGUUCAUUUAGGAGUUUACCUGCACACAACACUAAAAUUCUACCACUUAUAGAAAGACCCAAAGGAUCACAUUAUUAGGCUUCUAGGUUUCUGCUGCUUUUUGAGGCGCAUGUUUAACCCUGAGAUUUGUGUUGUAAAUAGAUGGAAAAAAAAACAGGUUUUUGCCACAUUUUUGUGCAGCACGUUUAAUUUACGUUGAAUGCCAUUAAAAUAUGCCGAAUGUUCCUAAAUCAUACAACGCUGGACAGCAGGAACUGCCCAACUACAAAAUGUCAUAACAGCAGCAUUAUUUUAGUGAAGCAGAUCCUAAAAUAUCCCAUACAUUUGAAGGUUUCUUCCUAAAAAAAAAAACAUGUUAUCUUAAAACUAGAAAAGGCUUAAAGAUUUUUUUUUUUUGCAGCUUUGUUCACAUUGCCACAUUUAUUAUACACAUACAAUGAUCCUUGGAGCAGCUGGCUGGGUCGUUUUUGACAUAUUCCCUUAAAUUAACAUGUUUUACAUUAUUUCUAAUUGUAGGCUCCCCUCAACACUGUGAAGUGGCUUUUAUUACGCUAAAACAUUUUUUUAAAUGUGUUACGCGUCACUAAUCAAACAUGAGUAGGCUGUGCUUUCAAGGUUGGGAUGGUCUCUGGUGAAAACACUGAGGGAUUUGUGAGGUGUCUGUAGUGUACUGUAGUUGUCAGAUGUGUGAAGUGUUACUACUGCAUCCAUCCUGUAGAGAGCGCUGCUUAGCCUCUUGAACACUGAUAGUCUGGCUGCGUGACUUUACAAAAAUCUAACUGACAAACAUCCCCACCAGAGAAAUAGUGUCCCACAUACUGUACUUAUUUAAACUAGCACUAUAUUAUUGUGUCUGGAACACUAAAUAUUAUCAGCAACACAUAAAUCGUGUGAAGUUCCCUUAAAGAGAAAAAAGUAUUGUACACUUUGAACACAGUCCUGUUCAUUUCUUGAUGCACCCAAGUGAUAUAACUGUACUCAAGUUGCUUUACUGUAUAUUGGUAAAACCUUGUCAGCUGUGUACUGUACGUGUGUGCUUCUGGGAACAAAACUGUCUUGGUAGCUUAGUGAAACUUACGGUAAUCAAAAAGCAAGCGAUCAAAUAUUCAACAGUUAAGUCUACUAAGAACAACAUAUAGGCGUAUUUAUUAUCGUAUCGUUCCUUUCAAACAAUUCCCAUGAGUUGCCCGAAAGCAACACACGUCACAUGACACAUGCGUGGAUCAUAUGUGAAAAUAAUAAUAAUGUGAACCUUUCUUUUGUUUUUGUUUUGUUUUGUUUGUUUUUUUACAGUCAGAAUAACUGAAGUAUCAAGGCACUUUGAUAGACAAAGGUGCUGGACUGUGUAUAGAGGAAUAGGAGCAAGUUGUAGUCUUGAUGUGUUUAAGUAGCUCAUUGUAAGAGUGCGCUGCCGUAUGAGGAGAUGCUGUGUGGUGGAUUUUAGUGGAACUUGGGUUAUCGGUGUUGUGCUGUUGGCUUCAAUGGUUAAACACUCAGCUCUUCUGGCUGCCCUUGUAUUAUUCUUGUUGACAUUCUCUGGGAUUUACAUUCUGGCCAAGCUGCAAGGUCACAUUUACUGAAUGGGUACUUAUAUUUUGAUCCUCUACUCAAAAGGCUCACUGAACUUGGAGCCACCCUCUUUAAAAUAGUGUACACCAAGAUAAAUGUAACCACUCUAUGGGUUGACAAAAUGUAUUAGCAGAGAACAGUAGCUAUCAAACAUCUUAUUAUAUGUAUCAACCUUGUAAAUACAUUUUACAUGUAUCACCAUACUGAUAGACAUUUUCAACCAGUUUAAACAAGUUUAGUGUGUUCAUAAUGAUAUAAUAGAAAGGGAGAAAUGUUCUCAUGUAAUGAUAGGACAAGCUAAAGGGUAGCUACUGUUAAUUAUGCAUUUCCUUUUUACCCAGAAAUAACAUUUUUCAAGUUCAAGUCUGGAAAAAAUAACAGAAAUGCCCCUUCGAAGUCAAAAUAAAACCCAAGCUCUAAAUCAAUAUGGCUACCUUACAUUUAACAUUUGGCUAUAACUGCAGUAUGAUGAUUCAUAUCUCAGAUAUUUCACACACAAAGUACUAUACAAUCUCCUUUAGUGAACAUGCUGCUACAGUGUUUAAAAGUACAAAAUGUGGAGAAAUACAUUGUAAUGAUCUUAUAUUGCUAAUUGUAAAUAACCUGGUUGCUGAGCAUAUCCGUUAAAAAAGGUUUUCAAAACAGUUAAACUGAAUCCGAUGUCCAUCCAGAUCCAAGUUCCGACGAAGUUACCACAAACACAUGUUCUGAUGAAGGGAAGAGAGAGGAGCUUGAAUUACUAAUUUCUUUGCCUGUUUGUGGUCACUAAACUUACAUCACAGUAUUAUCUUGCAAACAAUUGAGACCAAAAUGUCUUCUGAGUAGCACCAAAUGGAGAUUAAAAAACACCUGAGGUACUUGUACCGCAAUUUGAGAAAGAUUAGCAUAGUGCAUGUUAAGCUAAUCUAGGGUUUUUGUGUCAUUUAAACAGAUUGAGAAGGUAACUUUUAGUGGUUAACUUAAUUGAGACUCAUCCGGUUUGUUUUAUGAAGCUUUUCAGAAAGACAUAAAACAUGUUUGCUCCUAUUUAAACAGGAAUGCCAUUUUCAUGAUUCUACACCUUAUUCAUUGGGAAUCUGUUUCUGAAUAAAUAGACAUUUAUAUAAAGAUACAAAUAUAUAACAUAUAAAAAUAUAAAGAGGCAUUUUGGUACAGUCUUUAUGAAAAUGGGUAUAACAUUGUUCUGUAUUAUUUCUUCAACAACACGUGAUGACAAGGUCCUCUGUUCAACAUCAGUAAUCCUGAAAUCAGAAUCAGCUUCAAUGCCAUGUUUGUGCACACAAACAAGGAAUUUGACUCCAGUACACUUUACUGUUAGUGAGGAUUUGUUUUCUAUAUUAAAUGGAAAUAGAGAAUUUAUUAUGCAACAGGAAAACGGUUUAAUAUACCAACAAAAUCUAUGAUCAGUGAAUGCAUCCAGGUUCAGGAAUAAUCACCUCUAUCUUUUUUAGAACAAAAACUAUUUGUUUCUGUUAAAAAAUAAAAAAUAUAAAAUCUUUAUUUCUUACUUAAUUUGCCUUCGUAAAGACAGAUACUGUAAGAUACUGUUCUAUAACUGAUACAAAAUUAAGGAUUUUCAAAAUCAGAGGUGUUUCAGAGUUGUAUUCUCUCUUAUUAAAGGGAUAACCUUUAAAUAUAACUUGCACCAGACUACUACAAAUUUUAUUCUACAUAGUAUUUAUGAGUAACACUAGUAGCUUUCAAUUUGAUCUAACAGUUGCCUGCCCUUUAGGUGUUCAGUAAUGGACCAUUGAAUCUUCUAAAGUUAUAAAGAUUUAAUAGAAACACGUUUUUUUAUUAUUCAGCACAGCAUUAAUUAGUAUAGGAGGACUUGGGAAGAAGGUAAUGUUGCUUUGUAGCUUGUACAUAAAGUAAUAACCAGAUUAACACUACUAUCUGCUCACAACUGUUUCAUGUAGUGUUUAAACAGCACCCUUCCACUAGUAUGUCACACUGUCCCUUGUACAUAGUCAACACUGUGUUUUUAUCACUCCAGAAGUAUUUAAUUAAAAUUCAAAAUAAUAAUUUAAAAAAUGGAAAAAAAAAUCUUACCUUUAAACAGGAUGUCGUGGAUGUUGCCAGUUGAACGUACAUGUUCACGUUAACCUGCAACAGUUUAGCUCGAUAAAAGGUCUCAUCGUAAGAGUGAAAGCUUAAGUAAGGAAACGUACUUUUUUUCCCAUUUCAGAGUCUGCCUUUUUUCCACCAAGAAAAGGGCUGAUGAUGUUUUAAGAAUGUUUUUAAAAUGUGUUCAACAUUCUGAAUACAUGUGUGAGGUUGUCUCUGUUCUGUUUUCAGAAGAUCGGUUAAAUACCAUGACACUAAUAACUAGGUUCAGGAAGUAGUGACAUAAUCGGUGUGAAAUGCGCCAACGCAUACUGGCCUGAUCUGUCUUAUGUCCACCACAACAGGGAGAAUGAGAACCAAACUUUGUAUUUCGGCAUGUAGUAUGGACUCAUGUCCUGUAUUAGGCAGCUCCUAAACUAACACCUUGACAUACCUACCAGCACUGGACUCAAUUAGGGUAAGUCUUAGACCAAAUUAUCUUAUUGUCAAUGAUGGGAGAAUCUAAAAUGAAUCUAAAAAGUUAAAAAAGAAUGUAUAGGUGAAAUUAACCUAUAACUGAAUAAAAGAGUGUGUUGGUAGAUAUGUACCUGGAGCCCAAAUCUGUCUCAGUCUUCCAGAGGUUUGUCACCAAUACAGUACUGAAAGGGAAGCAGAUUAUUUUAUCUUUUAUCCCAUUCACAGCAACCACUGGCUGGCUGCUUGGUAAAACUAAUAAUCUGAUUAAAUCCCAAAAGCAGAGGUUUCACUCCUCACCCAUAAAUACCACACAUAAACUGAGUAAUCUUUGACAGCAGACAAAAGAGCCUCCCUUUCAGUACUGUCAGUGGACACUCUGUAAUGUGUGCUGUUGUAUUGUUUAGAGCACAACACCGUUGCAAGAGCAUGCAGGAGACGACAAAACAACAGUUGGUUGUUAGAAGCAUCCGUCCUAUUAGAUAGCGCUCAUCUCCCACCUUCAAUUCUGAAUAUUUGGUACGAAAGAGAUGUUCAUUGUGAUUAAUUGUUAACUAGUGAUGUGAAUAUUAAUCAUAAAAUAAAAAAAGAUGGGCAAAAAAAA